AUGGCUGAAAUGAAAGCUGAAAACAUCAAGCAGUUUCUUUACAAUUUUACACGCCUUCCUCACCUAGCAGGAACAGAGGAGAAUCUGCGUCUGGCACAGCAAAUCCAAGCUGAGUGGAAGGAGUUUGGUCUGGAUUCUGUUCAGUUGUUUCAUUAUGAUGUCUUGCUCUCUUAUCCAGAUGACACUAAGCCCAACUACAUCUCAAUAAUUGAUGAGCAUGGAAGUGAGAUUUUCAACACAUCAUUAUCUGAGCCUCCUCCUCCUGGAUAUGAGGCUGUUAGAGACGUGGUGCCACCUUACAGUGCAUUUUCAGCCCAAGGAAUGCCUGAGGGUGAGUUAGUGUAUGUGAAUUACGGCCGCAUUGAGGACUUCUUUAAGCUAGAACGUGAAAUGGGAAUUAACUGUACAGGAAAGAUUGUUAUUGCCAGAUAUGGGAAGAUCUUCAGAGGAAAUAAGGUGAAGAAUGCUGAAUUGGCAGGUGCCAAGGGAGUGAUUCUGUACUCUGACCCUGCUGACUACUGUGCCCCAGGAGUAGAUCCCUAUCCAGAUGGCUGGAACCUUCCAGGCGGAGGAGCCCAGCGUGGAAAUGUGUUAAACCUGAAUGGAGCAGGGGAUCCUCUGACACCAGGUUAUCCUGCGAAAGAAUACACCUACCGAUUAGACAAAGCCAGUGGUGUAGGUCUCCCAAAAAUUCCAGUUCAUCCCAUUGGCUAUCAUGAUGCUGAGUCAUUACUUAAUAUGGGAGGACAUGUACCACCGCAUAGUAGCUGGAAAGGAAACCUGAAUAUAUCUUACAACGUUGGUCCUGGUUUCACAACAAAUUAUUCUACAAGAAAGGUGAAGAUGCACGUUCAUAGCCACAAUGAGGUAACAAGGAUUUACAAUGUGAUUGGUACCAUCAGAGGCAUAGUGGAACCAGACAGAUAUGUCAUCCUGGGAGGCCACCGCGACUCAUGGGUAUUUGGUGGCAUUGAUCCUCAGAGUGGGGCAGCUGUGGUUCACGAGAUUGUAAGGAGCUUUGGAAAACUGAAAAGGAAAGGAUGGAGGCCAAGGAGAACAGUGAUAUUUGCAAGCUGGGAUGCAGAGGAAUUUGGCUUGUUAGGAUCAACAGAGUGGGCUGAGGAAAAUGCCAAAGUACUGCAAGCACGGGGAGUGGCUUAUAUCAAUGCAGAUUCCUCCAUCGAAGGAAACUACACACUGCGAGUGGAUUGCACACCACUGAUGUACAGACUGGUGUACAAUCUGACUAAAGAGAUACCAAGUCCUGAUGAGGGGUUUGAAGGAAAAUCUCUUUAUGAGAGCUGGUAUAAAAAAAAUCCAUCAAGAGAAUAUAAAGAGGUUCCCAGAAUAAAUAAACUGGGUUCUGGCAAUGACUUUGAAGUCUUUUUUCAACGUCUUGGCAUCGCUUCAGGCAGGGCACGGUACAGUAAAAAUUGGAAUGUAGAAAAAUAUAGCAGCUAUCCAGUUUACCACAGUGUCUAUGAAACCUAUGAAAUUGUGGAGAAGUUUUAUGAUCCCACUUUCAAGAAUCAUCUGACAGUAGCUCAGGUACGGGGAGGGCUGGUGUUUGAAUUGGCCAACUCCAUUGUGCUUCCUUUCGACUGUAGAGAUUAUGCAUCAGCUGUGAGCAACUAUGCUCACAUCAUCUAUAAUUUGUCAAGAAAUCAUGAAGAGGAACUGGCAACAUACAACAUAUCUUUUGAUGCUCUCUUUUCAGCUGUGGAGAAUUUUACAGAAGUUGCUGAUAGCUUUCAUGAAAGACUGCAACAAAUAGAUAUCAAUAA